AUGCAUUCUCCUUCAGUUAUUAAUAGUUUUGGCUACUCUGGUGGUGUAUUCCUGGGCCUAUGCGCCAUUCCACAGCUGUAUGUGAUGUGGAAGAACAGGUCGGCAAAGGACGUAUCUAUGCUCUGGAUUCUAUGCUACACUAUUGGUUUAGUGUUGACCAUGACUUACAUGAUUAUGCUUAACGCAUGGGCAGGAGUGAUUCCCAUUAUAGUGCAGAUCGUUUUGGCGAUCAUUGUGUUUAUAUCAAAGCUUCUCAUGGAUUACGGAGUCAUCAAACCAAAAAUUAUAUCCGACAAAGAGCAUACAGGCGAUGCUUUUGAAACCAAGGCGCAGUUGACUGCUCAAUUAUCAUGAAUGGCUAAUUAGCAGACUUGAUGUAGUCGUAUUUAGAUAUUGUCUUGAUAUCUGUUUUGGAAUAUACGAGAAUCGUGGGCCAUUUACAACCCCACGCCUGCAUUACUUGUGAAUACCUGGUUCUAUGGUUUUGCCCAACUACUAUUUUGGAUUUAUAUCUAUAGCGCAGACAUUUGACACUGCAGUGCGGCAUUUAGGUAUAUAUCUAUUUUGGGUCGAUGUUAAGAAUAAAAAGUUUUGUACAAGCCGC